AGUUCACCUGCUCUACAAUAUCCAUUGGCAGAACCCCUUCAACCAAUCGCUCGGAACUGGGUGGAAGGGACUGCUGCUCAGGAUGAACGUCCUACAACCGGCGAGAUGCCUAUUCUGCAGCUUCUCGCAAACAGCCAGGGUUGGCGCUCGCGUGCCAGUUCAACGAGAAUUCCAUGCAGCAGCGGCUCUUUACGCUCGAAAGCCACCUGGUCCUAGACCGACGGCUAAGAAACCCGGUCAGAAAAAGACUUGGGAUGACAUUGAGAAGAAACUGAGGCCUUCAGAUUUUGCGGAUUACUCAAGCAAAGAGCUCCGACAACUCUCCCAGGAAUACACGGAAGAUCAAGUCGCUGCUAUCCUUGCAGCCGAAAAAGCCAUUGAUCCCAAAGACCUCGUCGAACAAUUCGCCAUUCGCAAUGACCCCAUGAAACUCGGCUAUCUCGAUGAUUUUUCCACGAUUGAACCUGUUGUCGACAAGCAUAUUCGCGCACCAGAGUCGAACUCUGAUUGGCAUGCCACGCUCAAAUCCGAGGAUGAUUUCGCAGAGGACUUUGCCAAGUUUUUCGCCGAAAUGCCCGAUAAUGCCACAGCUGCUGACUGGGUACGAUUUACUGAGAAUUUGCGUCUGACAAAGGGGAAAGAGGAGAAUGAGCGGAAUCCCAGCAGUGCGCUUGUGCCGGAUAUUUUCGAGGAAGGAGAAACUCUCUCCAACCCAUUCUCAAAGGAUGUAGAAGCCACUUCUGAUCAGAAAAAGAAGAAGACCGAGGGCAACAGAAGCAAUGAGGAGAUUACGGAUGCUUUGAAGAGAUUGAUGCAGUCUACCGGAUAUUCUCUAGACAAGAUCAAAAGUCUCAAAGUCAAGACCCUGGUUUCACACGCGGUCGUUAACCAGACUCGUCUUGGAAAAGUGCGUCGGCAAUACUGUCUCUCCGUCGCGGGUAACGGUGACGGACUACUGGGUAUUGGGGAGGCCAAAUCCGAAGAAGCGUCUGACGCCGUCACGCAGUCGAAAUACCGGGCUAUCAGAAAUAUGCAACCCAUUCUUCGCUACGAGAAUAGAACUAUCUAUGGAGAUGUCAAGGGCAAGGUUGGAGCUGUUGAAUUGAAACUCAUGAAUCGUCCUCCAGGUUUCGGUCUCCGCUGCCAACAUCUCAUCUACGAAAUGGCUCGUGCAGCUGGUAUCCACGAUCUAGCUGCUAGAGUUGAACGAUCUCGCAAUCCGAUGAACACCGUGAAAGCGGCCUACGAGGCACUGACAGCUCAGAAAGACCCUGAAGAGAUUGCCCGUGCUCGCGGAAGGAAACUCGUCGAUGUACGAAAGGUGUAUUAUGCUGGAAGAGUUUAAAUGUACUAUAUUUGUUGGAUCAUCCCGUUCCUUUCAUUGCUGUAUUAUUUUGCGCAUAAAACUUAUCAUUUCUUCAACCACGCCCCAAAAAUUUUGAUUGACGUGGCUCCACGAGCACACUGGAAGUUGCGUUAUAAGAUAGAUCAUAAGAAUCUCCUAGUCUCAGGUAUCCUGGUGCCUGUCUAAUGGCGAAACUCAUUAAGCCUAGAUUGUAUCAAGCGACAGAUAAUAUAAUAUCAGUCCUACCAAGACCCUUCUUAAGUUCGCACGCGGUGCUCAUCAGCGGCCAUGAUUCGCGUGUUGGUCGGUAUACCCGUGUAUCCUAAUAAUCUCGCGCGUGCAGAAUGGUGGACAUGCCACGAUCUAUGCCGAAGUCAAGACUUGCUUUCUCGUCCGAAACGUGCCCUCGUUACCUUGCCCUAUCGACUAAAAAGGCUUCCGUCAAAUCUCAUCGCAUAAUCGUAUUCUCCUCCCCCUGCAUCGCCGAAUCGUCAUGUUGAUAUUCAUACCCAUCAUCCCCUCCUCCAGCAGCAGCAGCAGCUUCACCAUCAUUAAUAAUCUGCUGCUGCAACACAAUACUAUAAACACUCGCUUUCAAAAGCGUGUACACAGUCGCCGUUUUGCG